UGAUGAGUAAACCCAAUGUGUGUACAAAUUGGCAAGUUUGUGAGGGUCUGAAGCGUUUCACAAGAUAAAAACACAACGACAACCAGUAAUUAUUUAAACCAAGUCGGACGUCUACCGUGUCAAACAAACUUCAAGCACUGAUGGAGCUAGACGUGGAAGCAGACAUUGUGUCUGACCUGUAUAUCCACGCCUUGGGGCCGGAUUACAACCUCGACUUUGGCUUCAUGGAGCAGACAAUCAUAGAUGAUGUGAUGUCCACGAUCUCCACACACUCUACCAUGCCAGAGGAGGCUACUCCUAAUCUUUUGGAGAUGAAAAGCCACUCUUUUGAGAGGUGCCCCAGCUUGAAUGUGAAAAACAACUGUGUUGAGAGUUGUCCCCCUUUAAAGAUGAAAAGUCUUCUCCAGGACUCUGGGAUUCUUCAGAAGCCAGUUGAGGCUAAGAAAGAAUGUAUAGAAGCUACAGAUGUAGGGAGUCUACUGGAGCAGUUUGAAGAAGCUUCCCAGGGCCUUGAUUCUGAACAGACUUCCAGAAAUAAUGGAACAUACAAUGAUAACCAGUCUCUCAUCACUUUCCAUAGUGCCAUAGAGAGUGAACAGAUCAUGGAUAGUAAUGGAAAUGUCGAAAAGACAAUCAUGGCCAGUGCAGAACACCUACAGAAUGUCAAACCCAACCAGAAGCCUAAGACUGCUGUCAUGCUGCCCAUGAUGGUGCCUGCUAAACGUGGACGCGGUAGGGCAAUGACCAGAGGUCAUCCCGUAGCCAUGCCAACAAACUGUACACCCAGGAGACUUCAAAGAAUAAUGAUGCAGAAUUCUUCUCUGAAGGACAGCCAUGCUUUGUUUGAAGAACAGAAAGCUAAGGAGAUUGAAGCUAAGAGUAAAGUUAUUCUUAAAGUGAAGGACUGUGCCAAGGUCAUUGAAAAUUAUAUCAGUAUGAAAAAGGAGAAAACUCAGCUGAUUGAGAAGGAAACUGAGCAAGAGAAUGUAACAGUAGUUGAAGAAAAGAAUGUCUGUGAACAGGUCAAUUUUGAUCAUGGUUAUAGCAAAAUGGCUUCAAAUACUGUUGCUUCUAACGACAAUAAAGAUUGUGAAGAUGGUGAGAUUGUUGUUGAUGAUUUUGAAAAUGAAGAUAGAAAUAGGAGAAAGAGGGAUAACUCAGAGAAUGAUGGACAAUUCUUCGAUAAGAUUCCUUCCUACUAUACAGCUUUAUCAAUUCCCAGGAAACAAAUCAGAAAGACUGCAUCAUGUGCGUAUGGUAGGGGAGGGAUUGCAGUGCAUGAUCACAUUGAAUCUAGGGCAAUCUCUCCAGUUAGAGACACAUCAGCAUAUAAUAAACUUCCAGAAUACUUCAGUUCUUUCACAAAUAGCACAAAGUAUGACUCUGUAAACGAAUCCGACCAAGUCUUCAAAAGUAUGGAAGAGAGUAAGACAAGUAGUGGGUAUUCAAGCAGAGAGCACAGUCCAGCCAUCUCCACUAGUUCAUGUUCUAAAUCAGGGUCUAGGUCACCAUCUGGAUCCUGUCACUCUAGAUCUCCGUCCAGAAAUAGGUCAAGGUCAUGUCAUAGAUCUAGGUCAAACCAUGAAAGGCCAAGCCGGAGUGUUGAGAGGAGUUAUAGACAGAGACGACAAUCAUACUCAUCAUGUUCUGGGUACUCUAGUUCUGGCAGUUCUGUUUCCUGCUCUGGCUGCUCAAGGUCAUCAUGCGGGAGGUCAUCUAGUUGCUCAAGUGUCCAGUCGUGUUCUUCAUGUGAUUCCCCGAAGUUGGCUCGCUCAAGGUCAAGAUCAGGGUCGUCAGAGAGGGCCUGGAGUAGAGAACAGCGCUUCAGAUCAGACAGAUCUAGACAGGAUUUUAAGUCGCCACCAGAAUCCUUCUCUCGGUCAAGAUCACGUUCAAGAAAACAUCGCAGACACUCAGGGGGUAGACAUUCUGUCGACAGAAGUGGUGACCCGCAUUACCGGAGUCGGAGUCGAAGUUGUUCCAAGGAAAGACGUCAGCGUGCAUUGUCACGGGAACGAAGACAAGAGGAAAUGAGGUUAAAACGUGAGGAGGAGAAACAACAACAGAUGAAGGAUCGCAGAAUUGUAUAUGUUGGCGGAAUACCAAACAGCUACACCCGCCAUCAACUCCGGAACAAUUUCUCUCGUUUUGGGGACAUAGAGAACGUUCAGCUUCAUUUCCGUGAAUGUGGUGACAACUAUGGCUUUGUGACCUUCACCUAUACUUGUGAUGCAUUCGCUGCUAUUGAGAGGGGUAAAAAAAUCCCAGAAUUAAGACAAUUUGACCUGUGUUUUGGAGGUCGCAGACAGUUUUGUGAUAUCGAGUAUGCUGACUUAGACGGAAACAAAGAGGUUGAGGAAGAAUAUGACUCUGCACCAAAACAUGGAGGUGGACUAGACUUUGAUGCGCUGCUAAGACAGGCUCAAGCUAAAAUAAAGAAGUCUUGACACAUCGUGGGAUUUAGGAUUGAUACGGACAUGAGUUGUAUUAUACUUAUAAUGGUUACAUUAUUUUACAUUAAAUUUAUGGUUAGUAUCAAAAAGUCUUGACACAUUUUGGGACUAGGAUUUAUAUUCACUCAUGUUGUAUUAGAUUAAUAUUUGCAGUGUGUUAAAUUUGUGGUAUGUAUUGAAAAGUCUUGACAGAUAAAAGGACGAUAAAAUCAUUCAAUCUUUUCAAAUGUAAGAAACAACAACCUUUUUGAGAGGAUGUACAAAUGAUUUUUUUUAUUUAGAAAUAUAAUUUCUAGAAUAUGUAUCCAUUUAAAUUGUUAUGUUAUAUUCCUAUGAACUUACCUGUUGUAUGCCUUUAUGCUACAUUUGCACCUUUCCAGCAUGCAUGUAACGAUUUUUUUUCUGAAGUUGCAAAUAUUGAUUAUAUUCUUUAUUAUGUCUCCCCCUCUCUGGGGGAGACAUAUUGUUUUUGCCCUGUCCGUUAGUCCGGUAGUCCGUCAGUCCGUCCGUACGUCACACUUCGUUUCCGAUCGAUAACUGGAAAACCGCAUGACCUAGGAUCACCAAACUUGGUAGGGAGGUUGGUCAUGAGGUGUAGAAGAUCCCUAUUGUUUUUGGGGUCACUAGGUCAAAGGUCAAGGUCGCGGCGACCCCCAAUGUAAAAAACAUUUCCGCUCAAUAUCUUGACAAUGGUUUGACCUAGGUUCACCAAACUUGGUAGGGAGGUUGGUCAUGAGUUGUAGAAGAUCCCUAUUGUUUUUGGGGUCACUAGGUCAAAGGUCAAGGUCGCGGCGACCCCCAAUGUAAAAAACAUUUCCGCUCAAUAUCUUGAGAAUGGUUUGACCUAGGUUCACCAAACUUGGUAGGGAGGUUGGUCGUGAGGUGUAGAGGAUCCCUAUUGUUUUUGGGGUCACUAGGUCAAGGUCGCGGCGACCCCCAAUAUAAAAAACAUUUCUGCUCAAAAUCUUGAGAACGGUUUGACCUAGGUUCACCAAACUUGGUAGGGAGGUUGGUCAUGAGGUGUAGAAGAUCCCUAUUGUUUUUGGGGUCACUAGGUCAAAGGUCAAGGUCGCGGCGACCCCCAAUGUAAAAAACAUUUCCGCUCAAUAUCUUGAGAAUGGUUUGACCUAGGUUCACCAAACUUGGUAGGGAGGUUGAUCAUGAGGUUUAGAAAACUCCUAUAUUUUGGGGGGUCACAAGGUCAAAGGUCAACGUCGCUGUGACCUCUAAUGUAAAAAAAUAUUUCCGUGCAAUAUCAGGAGAAUGCUUUGAUCUAGGUUCACCAAACUUUGAAGUGAGGUUGGUCAUGAUGUCUAGUUGAUUUUGCAAUCAGUUGGUCAAAGGUCAAGGUCACUGACCUUGAGGUGAAGAACCGGUUUCUGCUCAAUAACUCAAGAACGUUUACACCCAGGAACUUCAUACUUGGUAUGCCAGUUAGUCAUGACUAGUUGAUGGCCCCUAUUGAUUUUGGGAUCCAUCAUUGAUUAUUUCUCACCUACGACCACACAAUGGGGGAGACAUGCGCUUUUUCAAAAAAGCAAUCUCUAGUUUUUGUGAAUUAAAUUUGGUUAACUGCUUACUUAUAUUUUAUUACUACAUACUGUAUAGAACGUGCUAUUAAAAUGUCUUGAUAAAUUGUAUUAAAUGGUAUUUGUAUAAUAGAAUCUACUGUUCCUUUUUUUUUCAUAUGAUUAUAUUACUUUAUAUUUGUAUAUAAUACAUAUUUUUGUUCCAAUGUGUUUUUGGCCUAUUGUAUAUAUGUUUACUUAAACCCAUGAUACUUUCAAACAUUUUUGUUCUUGAAAACUUGUCAAUUACAUAAUGUUAAUGAGAAUUGUUUAUGCAUAAUGUUUGCUUCGUUUUAUUUGUUCUUGUAGUUAUUUUUGGGAUUGAUUACAUUGUAGUGCCUAUACCAUGAUAAGAUGUCAGUGUCAUUGGCAAAAAGCAGAAAGCUUUCAUCUUCAUGAAUCCAACCCACAAAUAGUUCUCUGAUGGCUCAAUUGAUCUUUAUGUUAACUUUUGAUGCCUAGUGAACUCAUGCCUGGUAUCAUUGCUUUCAUUUGAAAGGAAGUUAAUUGCUUAAGUGUAAAUUAAAUGACCAAAAGUACAAUA